GAAAUUGGAACCGCAGGUGCUGCAACUGCAUUGAGAUUGAGGAGACCUUCAGACCGCCUGAUUGAAACAAGGGGCCUGUAUAUCACGAGCUCGCAGCAUUACUCGUUAAAACGCUGAACGUUUUUUAAAGUGUGAUUAAAUGCGCCAUGAAGGACAAUAUUUCCUUUGCGUGUUUGAAGAGUUUUGUUACUAAUCCGUGUCUCACUCGCUUGCAAGUUAUCCAAAAACUACAUCUGGCUCAUGUUGUUUUUGUACGUUUGCCCAGCCCAGAGAGGUCCCAAUAUCAGAGGAGACCGUGAUGGAUUCGUAAAGUAAAGAUUGACAGGAAAAGCGCGGGACGGGCGAAGACGGUCGCCUGCACUGAGCCGGAGGCCCGCGCCAGAAGAUCGUCGUGACGACGGCUUCCACGACAACAAGCGGAGAGCGAAUGACGGGUGGCACCGAUGGGCCGGUUGAGUCUUUGGGCGAUUCCUCUCCUGCUGGGCGUGUCCCUCCAGCCAGCCGACGGGUGGAGGACCGAGUCCACGGACAACAGGGUGGAGAACGCCACGCAGAGACUCCACCUCAGGCAAAUUGGAGGGGACGAUGGGAAGACCAACACAUUUCGCCUCGGCGCUGAAGUUCCCCGGGGGGCCUGCACGAGGCGGUAUUGCGGCAGGGGGCGCCAGUGCGUCCUCUCGGAGCAGACGGGGGCGGCGGCGGCGGCGGCGUGCGUGUGCCAGGACAGGUGCCGGCCCACCUUCGUGCCCGUGUGCGGCUCGGACGGGCGCUUCUACCAGAACCACUGCGAGGUCUACCGGACGGCCUGCCUGCAGAAGAGGCGGGUCCACGUGGUGCACGGCAAGGACUGCUUCUUCAAAGGCGACGCGUGCACGAUGGCGGACUACAACAAGCUGAAGAGCACGCUGCUGGACCUGCAGCCCCGGAACCGCUCCAGCUCGCCGGGCCAGACGCAGGAAAAGCGAAUGGACCAGAAGAGGGCCGUGGUGGACUCCAUGUUCAAGUACCUGGACGUGAACGGGGACGGCCGUCUGGAGAGCCCGGAGCUGGCUCAGAUAUCAACGAAGGACCACCUGGAGGACAGCGUUCUGGAAUGUUCCAUGCAAGACCUGAUCCGUUACGAUGACUACAACAGCGACGGUCACCUGUCUCUGCAGGAGUUCUACACUGCUUUCCAGGUCAUACAGCUCAGCCUUCCGGAAGAGAAGAGGGUGAGCGUCUCCACGGUGACCGUGGGCCUCAGCACGGUGCUGUCCUGCGGUAUCCAGGGAACGCUGCGGCCGCCAAUCAUCUGGAGGCGCAACGGAAUUGUGCUCAACUUCCUGGACCUGGAGGACAUCAACGACUUCGGUGACGACGGCUCGCUCUACAUCACCAAGGUGACGACCAUUCACAUGGGGAAUUACAGCUGCCACGCCUACGGGUACGAAGAGCUCCAGCAAACCCAUGUGCUCCAGGUGAAUGUACCCCCAGUGAUCCUGGUGUACCCCGAGACUCAGGCGCAGGAGCCCGGAGUAGCCGCUAGCCUGCACUGCUACGCCGACGGCAUCCCCAGUCCCAGAAUCCUCUGGCUGAAGAACGGCAUGGACCUGCAGCCCAGAGGAUCCAAGCAGCUCAGUCUGAGAGCGAACGGCAGCGAGCUCCACAUCGGGAGCGUGCGCUACGAGGACACGGGGGCCUACACCUGCAUCGCCAAAAACCAGGUGGGCGUGGACGAGGACAUCUCCUCGCUGUUCGUGGAGGACUCCGCCAAAAAGACGCUCGCUAACAUACUGUGGCGAGAGGAAGGACUGAGCGUGGGGAACCUGUUCUACGUUUUCUCCGACGAGGGGAUCACCAUCCUGCAGCCCAGCGAGUGCGAGAUUCGGAGGCGCAUCAAGCGAACCGAGAGGAUACUGGCCAGCUACGAGGAGAUGUGCCCCAAAGCCGACGGAGACGCGCCCCACCGCUGCUCCUGGGCCUCGGCCGUCAGCGUCCGGGACAGAUACGUCUACGCCGCCCAGCCUCUCCAGAACCGCCUGCUGAUCAUAGACACCCAGGCCCAGAGGGUCGCGCAGGUGGUGCAAACGGACCCCGUGCCGGUGAAGCUGCACUACGACAAAUCGCACGACCAAAUCUGGGUGCUCAGCUGGGGGGACCUGCGGAAGUCUCACCCCUCCCUACAGGUUGUGUCCCAGGCGAGCGUGGGCGAGGAACACCACGUCAUCCGCACCCAGUUCCGCAGAGUAGACGACUUCUUCAUCCCUCCCACCAACCUCGUCAUCACACACGUCAGAUUCGGUUUCAUCUUCCUGAGGUCCGAGCCUGCGGUGCACAAGAUCGACCUGGAGACGUUCCACCGCGUCAAGACCAUCAGCCUGAAGAACUACAGCUGCGUGCCGGCCGGCAUGGCCUACACGCACCUGGGCGGGUUCUAUUUCGUCCAGUGCGGGGCGGCCAACCGCACGUCCGCCGAGCCCCAGCUCCUCAUCGACGGCGUCACCGACUCCGUCGUCGGCCGCAACGGCGACGUGGCGGGCCGGCCGCACGUGUCCUCGGACGGUCGCUACGUGGUCACCACGGACCCCGGGCGGCGGCGCGUCCGCGUGCAGGCGGUCAGCCUGCAGGGGGCGCUGCAGGCCAGGCGCGACCUGGAGACCGCCAUGCGGGUCUCCGACCUCGCCUUCCACCCGUCCUUCACCGAGUCCAACCAGUACACCGUGGUGGCCAGCUCCGAGACGCACGGCGAGCUGCUAUUCGCCGACCUGUCCACGGGGCGGAGCCAGGUUCUGGAGAACCUCAAAGACCCCGUCCCAUCCAGGUCCUGGCCCUGGAGCGGGACCAACAGGGUGGUGGUGUCCAGCGGGCUCUUCGGGCAGUACCUGGUCACCCCCGCGGCACGAUCCCUCUUCGUGUUGGACGGGAAACAGAGCGGGCCGCACUGCGAGGUUUCGGACAUCGAGAGAGGUAACACGGUGGUGUGGGUCGGGGAGGUAUGAGCGGAGGAACUGUGGCGAAGGAUUUCAGUUCACGCAAAAAAAAUAAAAAUAAACGAAAUGACAAAAAACAAAAAAAAAACCUUAGAAGUGAUGUACAUGGACUCAACCCUGGGACUGAGCAGAAGGAGCACAAACGUUGCUAUUGUCCUAAUAAUUGGAAACAAAACAAAAAAGUAAAAAAAAAAAAAGAGUAAUCGGAAAAUCAAUCGGGGAAACACGGCAAGAUGAUUUUACUGGGACAAAACGAUGGAUCCCUUCAGUGCAACAGUGAUCUACGUGCACUUAUCUAACCAGAGUUGUACAUUAUUGCACUUCCUUGUGUCACUGCAGAUAGCCGUCAGAGGAAAGGAGAAAUGGUGUUAUUUUGAAACGGAACUAUGCACAAAGCUCACUUUUAUUUAUUUAUUUUCUAGAGUAAUGCUUUCUUUUUUUGGUCCAUGAUGUCUGUCGUACACCAGUGCUGCAAAUAGUCACUAUAAGAAGUCUGUCUGUCUGUGUCGGUCCCUUUCUGAACCCAAUGUCCUUUUGUUCAUUGUAAUUGUACAUGUUCAUGGUAUUGUAAGUAUUUUAUAAAAACCUUUAAUCUCAACCAGCACAGGUUGGCUUGAAACCUUGUCGUAUCUUAUGAAAUAACGAUUCUGUUGUCUUUUCGUAUACUUUCCAAAGAUGUCUUUAAGCCCUCUCUUGACACAGCCAAUAUCACGCCUAGGACGAAAUAUUAAACGGAAAGACUGGUAUUCUGCAUAUUCAAAAAUUUCCAUGAUGAUUAUGUAUGAUCUGUCGCCCCUCUGGUUGAUUUAACCUCAGUGAUGUCGUGUGAAGUCCGUUUAAUUGUAAGCGUUUAGGCUCCUGCAAGAAUCCAUGUGCAAUCCUACACAAGCGACUCCACUCGAAUGAAGACGUCAGCUGCUUUGGUCCGUCCCCCCACCCACCCCCCCCGCCAUCUCGCAGUGGUCAGCACGGCAGCCCGUUAUGAACGAGGCUGCAUGCGUGCAUUUGUCGUUCAGCAAAAAAAAGACGCAUACAUCGAGGUGCCAGAGUUCACCGCUGCAGUCAGGAAAUGUACCGCGUUUUUAGUCAUGAGUGGAGGGGGAGGGUCUCUGAGAAGUGAGAGUUGCGUAAGUUGGGGGGGGGGUGUUCGUGGGGGGGGGGGGUUUCACCACUGGCACCCGUCCCAGUCCUGCCCCUCUGUGCCUGAGAGCUUAAACAACCCGCUUGUCCCCCCGUUAGUAAAAUCCCGUUCUUCACUCUCUGCUGUCAUUACCUCACAUUCUAACCCCCCCCACCUCCACCCCACCUUCACAUUGUCUCUUUCACUCAAAAGUGUAAACACAGAGAGUCCUGACCUACAAAAAAAACAUUUUUAUGUGAUUAUCUCAGAUAAGAACGUGUGAAAAAUUUAAGCCUGUCACCUGGGAAACAUCAGAUUAAAUUAUAGGAACCAGUAGGUUUGGGUUACUGUAAAGAUGGUGAGUUUAAGACUUCUGCUUUGAUUGUGGUCAGUCCUCUGUGUUUUGACCGUCCGUAUAAGGUGCAGUCUUUUACAGGUCUAAUGACAAAGCAACUGAGCAGAGAUGCUUUCGACUGCCGUGUUACAAAUUUAGUCAAAUUUGAUCCAAAAUCUUUAUUUAAUUCCCAAUUUUUUUCUCAUUUAAUUUGUGAAUUAAAUCUAGAUCUGAUCGUUUCUAAUUUCUGUUGGAUUGCAGGAAAAAGCCCCAUGUUACCCUUCAGCUGAGAAAUGCCUAGUACACAAAUCUAAUUAGCUUGAAAAAAUUGUUCUGAAUUUAUCAAGAGAAACAUUUGGUACAUUUCAAAAAGGAAGGAGGAGAUGGCAUCUUCAAAAGAGAAGCUGUGUAAUGAAUAACUGAUUUUGUACUGAAACUAACUGUGAUCAAUCCCUUUGGUGAAUUUGUAAUGACCAUUUCAAAUAACUGUGGAACCCAGAGGAAGUACAACCGAAAUGUUUAACAGAGUACCUCAGAUUUUUACAUUCAGAUAAGACACAAUGUAUUUCACAUCAAAGCCAGCUGUCGUAUAUUGAAUUGCAAAUUCAUGGUAUUACAAGCUUGACGAAUAAGCCUUUCUUCAUUCAAAAAGUAACUUUGAGGUAUCCUUGUAAACAGAUAAAAAAUAUCUGUUAGACUAUAGCAUUGAAGGUCUAUAACAUUAUCUAGACCACUGUUGCACUGAAAGAAAAAUUUUUAAAAUUAAUUUUUUUCACAUCUGACUAAUCGGUAAAUAUGAAAAAUUGAAGCUUGAUGAUGAAGUUACAAGGUACACGAUGAAGGAUUCCAUAACACCUUUGUGCUUGAAAGGCACCAAUGUUUCUUAGCGCUCAACAUUUUCAAAAUGAUGAUAAUCACAAUUCAACAAUGAAAAGAAAAUGCAUUUAUUAACACAUUUAAUUUAAUUUUAAGAAAUCGAGACUGUAUGUCACCAAAAUUUGUACAUCCAUUUUAAGCUUUAGUUAAUGUGAGAAAAAUGUAUUCCCCAUAUUUAAUAUUUAAUAACUCCAAAGAGACUGGCUCAGAUGAAGAAGAAAAUCCCUAAAACGUGUGUUCAUGUUAAUUGUCCCCAUUGCAUACGAGCAGAAAUAAGACAUAAUGGCUUUGGGCCUAACGAUGUUGGUGUGAUAGACAUUAGAGUCGCUGUUGUAGAUAAACUGUUCUUGUUUUAGAACACGGUAUAAAAUUUAACUGUACAGCUUUUCAUUGUGAGUUUUGGGUGUGUUUUUUUUUUUGGUUUAUGGGGGGGGAAGUGGUUUGUAAAAAAAAAAAGAUUCUAAUAAAACAAAAAUAUGUACAGCUGUGAGACAGUAUAAAUUCAUUGGAACACAUUAUGAAACGUAUUAAAUUAGAAUAUUCAGGGACGGAUUUCGCCGAACGCAAAUCAGGGGGAGUAAGGCCCGGCAGCGUCGUUCCGAACGGUUAGCGCCGCAGAAAUGUCAACCGCUGCUCGUCUUCAUCGGAGCGUAUUUACACUCGUCUAAUGAUGUCAUAGCUGCUGAUUUACACGCACAUAUAUUAGGCGUGUGUGUGUUAGUUGUUUUCCACCGGCCCCCAAGUUCAUCGCACAGCAUCUGAUUCGUUUUGUAGAGUUUUUUUUUAAAUUUUUUUUUGUUCCACGUUUGACUGCGUAUCCAUUCUUCCUCGUGUCGAUGUUUCCCACAAGUCCAUUUAUCUGGUGCAGCUGUGCUCGCCCAAUACCAAGGCGCCAGCCAUUUUUAAACUGAACGGAGUCAGCUUCUGAUUGCACCUGUGGAUGGCCUGACCAGCCAAUGGCAAAAAGGCUUCAAAAGGCUACAGAUCCCCCCCCUCCCCCCAGUCUGUGAAGAACGGCCAGUACAUGGCCGCAUGUCAUGUGAUCUAAAAGGGCGUCACCGGCGACGACGCCUUGACGUCUGUGCUCUUCAGAGAGCUGAAGCCAAUUUCAGAGGCACAUCCUGUGUAGCACCAAUUGGACAUUUUCAACUUCACUAAAGGUUAAAAUUCUGUAUAUUUAGAGGAUAUCCCAACACAAGGAGCCCCGAAAUGUUCUUUAGGUGUGUGCGUGUGUGCGUGUGUGUGUGUUUUGAUUAGGACUUUUCCGUGACUUAAAUUAACCUUUAAAGGCUUUUAGCUGUCUUUUGUGCUGGUUAAUCUCUAUGCAACACAUUUCGAUCAUCGAGGCAAUAACUAUCGUACCAUUUCGUCAGCUCCAGCUCCGGCUCCAGCUCCUCCACGUCCUUCGGCCUUUUCUAUAAAAGCGAGCUCAUUUAGGGUCAUCCUGUCCAAACAGGCAUUGUGAUGUGUGAGACUAAUACCAUAGGUGUCGGCCUUUGGAUCCUAAGUUGUGGUCUUUAAGAGUAAUCCAUUAUGGGACACUGAUCCCUCUCAGUAAUUGAUUUCCGUUAAUUUUGUUCUUGGUCAGUUAUUGGAAUGUGGGGAAAAAAUAAGAACUGAAAAAAUAAUUUUUUUCCCAUGUAAAUGUAAAAAGUAAAGGUUUCAUUUAGUCACUGAGAAUCUGGCCUAUUUAGUGUUUAUUUUAUUUUUUUAAAUAUUUUUAACAUUCAACUUUAUUUUAGGAGCUUUAGAGUAUGAGACAGUUUCAAAAAUAUUAUUUUGUUUUUAUUUGAUUCAUAUGGUUUGAACCCACAUAUAUGAAAACAAAUGUCCUUACCUCCUACCUUCCAAUGAUACUAAAGUCACCAGUGAUGUGUUUGAACUAACAGUGGCUGUAAAGAUCAUUUCAACUAAGAAAUAUACUGUACGGUGUUGCCUGGGAUGUAAACUUAUCUUUUUUUCCUCCUCAGUUUUACAAUAAAAAAAUAAAACUA